AUGCGAUUUGCCAUCUUCCUCGCGGCCAUGAUGAGCGUCCUGCUCUCCGUGCUCGGUGCGGCCGUGCCUGAACCUCAGAGGAAACCCGAUUCCGCCAGCCGCGACGAGCGAGGUCUUUCAACAGCUCCCAUUUCCGCAAGGCAGAACACCACCGAUGAACACCCACUCUGUGGCGCUUUCGCCUGGUGGAACAACGGCAAGUGGCAGGAAGAGAAGCUAUGGGAGACCCGCACAUGCCUCUAUAUGUGGCACAACGUCGGCAAAGUCGACGUUGAGGACUGGGGCAAGUGCGAGCUUUGCUUCUUCUUUCCAUCCAAGGACUGCACUGGCCGCAAUACCCUCACAAUUGACGCCAAUCACGGCUGGACGGACACCAGGGGGGAUGUGUGGAGCUACUACUGCUUCUUGAAGGGCACAUCCCAGCCAAAUGGUCUGUCUGAAGGGCUUCCCGUUCGCCCAGAGCUGGAGCGCAAAGCUAUCUUUCAUUUCUUGCGCCUUCCGGCCGAGCUUCGCAAUAUGAUAUACAGCUAUGCGACCACCCCUGUGCAUGACCCCCAAGGCGGUCGCGUGUGCCUCAUCCACCAGGAGCCCGGUGAAUAUCGUGAUUUCACAGGCCUCCCUCACGUCUGCAAAACGAUCCACAAAGAGUACACUACGACCUUGGUACGCAAUACCAUGGUCACUGUCCGUGCGGAAGAGGUGAGCGUAUACGUCGAUACCUUCUACUCGGAUCGCGAUGGUGCGCUGAAGUACGGCGACUUGCGGGUCAUUUACACAGCGUACGGGGAGCCGCUAGUUGGAAGCAGCCUCUGUGAAAACUUUAAGCAUGAGUCGCGCAAUUUAGACGUAUUACAGCUGCUCGAGGUCCAAUUCCGUCUGCCUCGGAUGCGCGUCGCAUUUCUCUGCUACAUGCUCAGCUUCGCCAAUAAAGAGCCGAUGUUGUGGCACGACCUUACCGAAGAUUUUAACGAGCUAUUCUCAGCGAUCCCAGUCGGGGGUCCUUCACAACCCGGUGCAGAUUAUCUGCCAUCCAUUCUGCCUGCAAUGGUCGGCUACUUUGCGAACAGGACCGAUUACGAGCUCUCAGUAAGCUCACGAUGGCCGAAGCCAUCAGACCAGCUCUCCUACUAUCCCGCUAUAGUCUUCAACGUCAAAACGCUGUUGCCACACUCGCACACGUUUUGGAACGUGGAUGAAGUGAUCGAGCUAGAAGAAGUCAGACCUCGAUAUGACAUCUACAAGAUGAUGACAUUCCUUUUUCAGACCGACCUUCAUGAAAGAUGGGCGGAGGAGUGGUUUCUCAACUUCCAGCUCGACACCCGUUCACAUACCAAUGAUGCUCCGAUCAACUUCAUGGGCGACCACACUUCCCCUCAUGUAGACGAUGCUCCAGAAGUCACCGAAGGUUACGAGGAAGGCGAGAGCGCAGGCACAAGCGCACAUCAACAUGCAGACAUGGUACAAGAAGCGUACGCAGCACACGCAGGCGGCGAUCAACGUGAAGAGCCUGGGCACGCAUCUCCCGGCUUGCCUUUCCGGCCGCACGUCGAACCAAACGAUUCAUAUGGAUGGGAAGAGUACCAAACUAUCACUUGCCGACUGCCUCUCCUACACUAUUCACUGGAAGAACUGCGUGUCAUGGAUUACCAUCAUGGCCAUGGCUCUUACUACAGUCUUCUCGCCGCAACACCGCCGGCGCGAUACGAGGAUCUGUCGGAGGAAGAAGAGGUUCCAAGUGUCUUUCGAGAAUUGCUGGAAGAGGUAGGGCUUACGCUUGAGGACGAGUAA